CCAUCGAAAUCAUAUUCAACUACUCUUCUUUCCACUUUCCUCCGCCUCGCCAUCCGCUCCCCGACUCCCUUCCCCUUCUCUUCUCCCUUUUCCCCUCCGAUUCGCCGUCGCUCUACCCCGAUGGAUCGCCGAAUCGUUCCUCCUAGUAGUGACGCCCACGUUUCGCUGCCGAUGGAAUCUCGGUCGAUGUCCGGUGAGAUCCACGUGAUCCUUGGCCCCAUGUUCGCUGGAAAGACCACCGCUCUCCUCCGCCGGAUCCAGAUCGAAAUGAACAAUGGAAGAUCCGUGGCGAUGAUUAAAUCCGACAAAGAUCACAGGUAUGGACUGGAUUCUGUAGUGACGCACGAUGGGGUGAAGAUGCCAUGCUUUGCGGUGUCGGAGCUUUUGUCAUUCCGAGAUAAAUUAGGCGCUGAAGCAUACAAUAAGUUGGAUGUGAUAGGAAUUGAUGAAGCGCAAUUCUUCGAAGACCUUUACGACUUCUGCUGCAAUGCAGCAGAUUGCGAUGGGAAGACUGUUGUCGUUGCAGGUCUGGAUGGCGACUACUUAAGGAAGAGAUUUGGUUCGGUGCUUGAUGUUGUUCCACUAGCUGACUCGGUGAUGAAGCUCACGGCACGGUGUGAGAUUUGUGGUAGGCGUGCUUCCUUUACCCUGAGGAAGACUAAUGAAACGCAAACCGAGCUCAUUGGUGGUGCUGAUGUUUACAUGCCUGUCUGUAGACAACACUAUGUGGACGGAGUUGCUGAAUGUACUAAGAUUGUAAUAAACAGAAUCCAAAAGCUCGAACCAGAGAAUGCUAUGAAGCUAAUCGGCUACCUUCUCUUGAAACAUACAGAUCGAGAAAUUAUGGAAUUUGCAUUUGGACCCGACAGUCAGAUCCUUUCUCUGGUCAAUCAAGCCAAAGCAUAUCUUACUUUGUUGCAGAAGUCUAACCUUUCUUGUCCUUUGCAGCACCUUGAUGAUCAGAAGCUCCACUAUAUGUCUUUUUCCCCCACCAUAUCGCGACCUUUCUCUUCACCUUCCAGCUUUAGCAUCCCUGCUCCAUUGUCUGACUCUCAUCUACUAUCUGAUCAGAUGCUGAUUUCUCAGAAUCUAGAUUUCCCACCUUCUUCAUACACUGAUCUGAUUGGCGGGCUUUAUAACCAAGCUGAACAAUUGAGCUUGGUAGACCAUUUGCAUCCUUCAUGUCCUGACUACUUGAGAAAUAAGUGCUUUUCCGAGGCUGCAUUUGAGAGAGGUUUGAGUUCGAGGAUCAACAUGAAGUUGCAUCCUGGGUGGCUUGAGUCACCUCCCAGAGCUUGUCAUUACUAUUCCAAGGGCUACUGUAAGAAUGGCAUCAAUUGUCGGUUCUUCCAUGGUCAGACAAACCCUGAUGGCUUCUCUGAUACACAUAAUCCAAGUCUGAAUGAAUUUGGUAAAGAAGACCAAGUUUCUGCACCUGGGUCAUUUUCAAAGUUGGAAUCGGAGAUCAUAGAGCUCCUGAAAUCAAAGAGAGGGAUGCCUGUUUCUAUAGCUUCUUUGCCCACCAUGUAUCUUGAGAAGUAUGGGAAAAUGCUUCGGGCUGAUGGAUACCUCACAGAGAGCCAGCGUCAUGGGAAGGCUGGUUUCAGCUUGACAAAGUUGCUUAAUCAAUUGAAUAAUAGCAUUCGGAUUAUAGACAGACCACAUGGGCAGCAUUCAGUUGUACUUGCAGAAGAUGCUUGUAUGUAUAUGGAGUACAGGAGUGACAGAAUCGAUCAAGGAGCAGUAAUUGCUAGCUCCCAUCAGAUAUAUCUUACUUUUCCAGCUGAAAGCACAUUCACCGGCGAAGAUGUUUUUAAUUAUUUCAAUCAGUAUGGUCCUGUUCAUGAUGUGAGGAUUCCACGGCAAGAGAAACGUAUGUUUGGGUUUGUGAGUUUCCUCUAUCCAGAGACCGUGAAAAAUAUUCUGGCAAAAGGACAUCCCCACUAUAUCACUGGCACAAGAGUCCUGGUUAAGCCAUAUAAGGAAAAAUCAAAGCUAACAGACAAAAAGUAUGCAGAGAAAAUGGGGAGUCCAGAUUGUUUCCCUUCUCAAUUGUUUGCAGUGGAUCAGAACACUGAAUUAAUUCACAGUAUAUCUAAAAGUACUGGAUCUCCACAAAGGAAGCUGUCUAAAGAUCAUGACCUUGCCAUUGAACUUGAGAGAAGACACCUAUUUGAGCUGCAGCUAGCCCCUAAGCAGCCAAGACAACAAUCAUGUUUCAGCUUGGGAAUGGAAGAACUAAAGGUUUUAGAAGAUGAUUUUGACUGCCAUUCAACUGUUUUUAAGAGUGGCCCCAGAAAUGACUGCAUAUCUAAGCAGACAUACAACAAUUGUAAUGAUAUAAAUAGUGACCACAUUGAACUUCCAGAAAGUCCAUUUGCUUCUCCUCGGCUAGGAAGUAGCAUCUCCACAGUCACAUAGAGAUUGACAAAGACGAUACAUAGAUUUAGAUUACACAUUCAAGACUCCCUACUUGUCAAGUAUUUGGAGUAACUCAUCCAAGCUCUGCAAAAUCAACAUCAAGGGCAGAAGCUUGCACCAGAGGAAGUUUUCACACAUCAUAGAAAAGCUACAUCAAAACGGGAAUCAUUUAGUUUGGUACUAUUAGCCACAGAACAAACUACAAAGUAUCAUGUGGUUGCUUAGAAAGAGAUAAAUGUAAGAUAGGCUGUUCUGAUAGAGUGACAAGUGAAAUUUUGUGGUUUAGAGGUUAUGCAAUGUUGUUGACAUUUUACAUACCCAUAUGAAUAGAAACUUAAGACAGAUUUGCGAAUGUACCAACAGAUACUAUAAUUUUACAGCAAUUAUGUUUUUCGUAGAAUACCAAAUUAAGUUGGA